CGAUAGAGGGUGGGGAAAAAAAGCAGAGGAACCACUGCUGUUUACAACAUAAUGGAGCCAAAAUGGUCAAAUAUCGUCUGCAAGCGUGUGUUAUUGACUGGAUUUACGCUAUGUGUUGUAUUAGUCACAAAACCUUCGUUGGCAAUCGACAUACACGCUGACCCUGAGGUGAUGAUGCAGAACGGCACCACGGGAACUCUUCGAUGCACCUUCAAGUCCAGUGAAGUGGUCAGCAGCUCCACCUCGGUGACCUGGAGCUUCCAGUCGAGUCAGCCCGACAAUCAGUUCUCCAAAGCGCCAUACGUGAUUUUCUACUUCUCCAAUGGGAAAGGAUUCCCGGGACAAGAUGAGUUCAAAGACAGGGUGCAGUUUAUUGGAGACAUUAACAAGAGGGACGUCUCGAUACAGCUGAGUCCUGCUCAGUUCAGUGACAAUGGGACCUUCUUCUGUGAUGUGAAGAACCCGCCUGACGUGACGGGAACACCAGCACGAACGGAGCUCAGGGUCGUUCUGAAAGAAUCUCUUCCUCAGAGCAACACCGCCAUGAUAGUCGGAGCAGUCUGUGGUGCUUUACUUCUGCUCGUCCUCAUCGCUGUAGCUGCCUGCAUUGUCAUGAGGGUGCUUCACAACCGCCAUGAAUAUGAAGGAUGUACGACCUUGGAAAGCAUGAGCUCUCAGGCUCCCAAACCACGAAAGAAGGUGGAGUCCAACCUGGAGGGCUCCAGGUCUACCAUUCCCUCGGGUCCACUACAGGGCCCGGUGAUAUAUGCCCAGUUGGAUCACUCAGGCAGCAAAAACUCAUUCCACAAGAUGGAGCCAGUGGUCUACGCUGACAUUCGUAAAAACUGAAGAGGAACUGGGGACCAAAAGCAUAAAAAUAAAAACACAGUAAAGUAUCAGACCUCUCUAUCAGCUGCUCUUGGGAAGGGUGGGAAUAUAUCAACAGGGACAAAAAUUGGUGCAAAAUUUUAUUUUAUUUUUUUCUCAUCUUUUUGUCCUCUGAAAGCAUGAUGCUGUUAAUAUGAUAAAGUAAUGUCUCCAUGUGCUUUUGUUGUAAAGACAAAAAAAACUGAAGCAAAGAAACACUUUAAUGGACACUACAUCACUCCAUCAGCCUUUAAAUUGUUCAAAAUACAAAUGCCUUCAUCAAUAUCAUUCCACAUGUUAAGAUAUUUUAUUUUGAUUUGUAGCUUUGUGCCUACGAAUGGUUCUGCAGGCUGUUGCACCAGCUGAACACGUUAAACUAUCACUACUAAAACUACGCACAUAUCGUACAUGAAUCGAAACUAAUCACAUUGCAUAAAUUGACAUGACGAACUUUGGGGGAAAGUGAGGAAUUAAAAAAAUACAGUUUAUCCUGUUGCAUGUGAACGAGCUAACAUUAGACAACACUAGGGUUGUAACAUGAUAUAAAAGCUGACAGUUAUCCUAUCAUGUACAUUUGCUUAUUUAUGUCUCUGUCUAUCGAAGAAUCUCAUCUUUUAUGUUAGUUAUUUUUAAAGGAUAGGCUUCUUACACAUACUGACAUUAACAAAAUGGUUUCAAGUUUCAAUUAAAGUAAUAAAACUUGUGUUGAACCAACAAUAGCCCUUCAGUUUUUAUCCCUUUAAAGGUAAUUCUGAUUGAUGAUAAUAUAAAUUCUGUAAUACUGUGAUACCAUGAAAUUGCGGUAUUUUUAAUCGUACCAUUAAAAUAUCUCAUGAAGGACACACUACGGUCGUGGAAAGCCAGAAUUCCCCGCUCCUGUGAAUGCACCUAAAAAUCACACGCGCAUGUCAUAAUGACCACAAAAUAUAAAGGGAACUAUAACAAACAAUGUGUACCCCAAUUUAAAUAUGAAAGAAAAAUGUUCAUCAUCAGUGUGUUUGGAGAAUGGUUGAUCAGGAAUGAGUAAAGCUGGAUGGACAUUAUAUGAUUUAUUGAUCUUGUAUGCUCUGUGCUUACACUGUGCGGUUCAGUCAUGAUUCAGCGUUUCAUGACUUGGGUGCUCACACUCCACACAGAAAGCCUGAUCGAUGUCCAAUCAUUUUUAUUUAAACAAGGUGGCUGCGUCCUCAAUAAUGUUAAUUUAAAAAGGGAAAGGCAGCGUUACUUUGUGUAAUUGCGUGACAGCUGCAUGUGUGUUUAUUCUGUUUAAACCUGAUUAGGCUACACUAAUAUUAUUAGUAUUGUACUAUUUGUAGAAUUAGAUUCCAGUGGCUAAGUAGGAUUGUGUCCAAAUUGUGGGAUUAAAUCAUUGGCAAGUCUAAAUAUAUCAGAAUAAAAGAUACGUGUAAUAUAUCUAUGCAGCCCUAUCCAAACAUGUAAAAUACUACUCCCAAUAAUAUUUAAAGCAGCUCACAACAGUAAAUAAUGGAUCGUUUGGCAUCAGACCACUGAGCUGCUCAAACUUUAAAUCAGUUAUUUUAUUCAUUAACAGUUUCUUUCUGGUGGAAAUCUGCCCUGAUUUUAAAAUUAGUUGCAGCACACCAAAGCCUCACAUCAAAGUCUGUUUACAGGUCUUCAAGAGCACUAAUGCAUAAUGGCUAAAGGCUGCAGGCCACAUUACCCGCUACUAGCCUAACACACCUGAAUUCAAGACCAGUCAGUUAGUGGCGGAGUGGCAUUAUGGGCAAUGUAGGUGCCAGGGUUUGACGAGGAAGAAUAAUACGUGGAAUAAAAAUCUUAAUCUGUACAGUGUCUUUCCAGCGUUACACUUGCUUCACAUUUUACGUUGUGUCUUAGCUCUAUGUUAUAACUUACUGUUAUGCUGAAGCCUAUUUCUGUAAAAUUAAAGCUUUACUCUUUCAUGACACUCCAUAUAAAGCUGGUGCAACAGGCUGCUGAAGCCACAGUUCAUCUCCACUGUUGGGCAGUUCCAUAGUGAUCUUGUUUUGUCGGGGCAAAUAAUGUAGAGUUAGCUUUUACAUUUGCCUUCAUUAACUUUGCAUGCAGUUAAUGACGACACCUACAGACUAAAUCUGGUACUUCUCAGAUAGUUGUGACGCAGAAGAAGACGUCUGACAUUGUAUUACUGUGAAUGCUUCAGUUUUCUGUAGAGUCCUGGCAUGUUGUUGUGGUACCUUUUAAAGACACUGCCUCCCGUUUGAUUUUCACCUCAGUGGAACACGCUCUUUAAGCACUUUGUGUUUCCACGGUUGCUCUGAGCGUCUGCAUUUUUUUUUGGUUUGUUUAUUUAAAGUGCAUGUAAACAAACAGGCAGUGCACCCCAGGUAGAGGUUUUGUGUUCUGCCUUUUUAAAGGUGUGAUUCAAAAGAAUAAAAAAGAAGUUUAAAGUGAUAAUUACCUGGGCUUUAUUUCAGCUUAGUUUUGAGUAAUUCUGAAAUGAAAAUAAAAUGUUAAACCGUUAAACUGAGGUGAAAUAUCUCCUUCUAUGAAAACUGGGAGCUCUCAUUUGUUGGACAAAACGAAUGCUAAAUACACUGUUUGCAUGCAAUUUACUAACAUAACAACCAUUAUUAUGAAAAUAUCCAUCCUGUUUUCCAUCUAUGUAUUGUGUAAAGUUCUUUUUUUUUAAACUAAUGGGCCAAAUAUCUAAUAUCAUUAAGUAAUAUUUCUGUUUUCAGAUGCUUUUAAGCUUUAAAAUGCAUUCCAAAUUUGUAUGAUUUUUAUUUUGUUUGAAGCAUUUAAAAGCCAAAUUUAUGUUAUGAUUCUGUUUGUUAACGGUGUGGUUACCUAUGAGAAUGAUAUUUGUGUUGCAACCAGUCUAAAUGCCUUCAGCUUCAGCUUGUGAUUCCGAAUGCAGUAAAUUUCCAUGUUGACCAGUAUUUGUAUAUAUUUCCUGCUCAUGUAAGAUAUAGUGCUGUUUACUGUAACUCAUUCCAGUGUGGUGUGGCUGUGGAUGUCUUUCCAGAGAAGGAAAGUAGUUUGCUGUAGAGGUCUAGAAAGUUGGUGGCAUGCUUCAUGUUUUCUCGUCUUUCCUUUUAAAGUCUUAAUUAUUUGUCAGCGAACACACCAAUGUUUACAGUGCCUGCAGGAAGUGUUGAGCCUAUCGACUCAAAAUGGCUUGAAUGAAAUUUUCUUCAGUCAACAGUGUGCAAAAACAACCUCCACAAAAUGAAAGGAGCUGUCUGCGACAUUCAGAGCAUAUAUGAUUCUCAACAUGGAGGUCGCUGAGCCGGCGGCUAGCAGCUAACGGUGCUAACUCAAUAAACAGUGCUAACAACGGCAACAGUGCAGACAGAGUUGUCAACCUUUGGGGAGCCAGAGAGUGGGCGUUACACUUCAGUGAACACACAGUCCUGUUGUCAGUGAUAACAGCUGUAUGAGUGCAGUGCAGAGUGCCGUCAAUUAGCUACCCAGGUGGACAUUCUCACAGGGACUCGCAUGCACAUGCGGGCAGACUGUGUGACUUCAUUCUCUGGUCAGGAUGCCAUUACAUCACCAUAUCUCGACACGGCAUAGCGUUUUUCAGCCAUAUUAAUGAUCUGAAUGUCAGAUGCAGCUCCUUCUGUCAUUUUUUGAGCUAUAAGGCUGUUUGUUUCAAUGCCACAUUCACAUUAAACCCAAAAGAUUGGUUAGUUUAAUACAUUUUUGUUAGUAAGUAUUGAUUAUAGCAGCUUUAAACACAUACAAGAUAGAGAAUAUUUUGUUGCCCAAGUUGACUUAACUUACUGCUGCUGGCUACUCCUGUCCCAAGUAGAGUUGAUUGUAUCAUCGUGAAUGUCACUGAUAAUGUAAAUUUCCUUUGUCUGCUAAUUUCAAAGGGUUCAUGCACCACUGUGCUCACGAUAUGUACCUUACAAGACUAAAAGACUGCAGCAGUAAUGGCUGUGAAGCUCACUACACACCUUAAAACGCAAUCAGCAGAAUAGAAGAGAACUGUAUUGUCCCAUCAGGGAAGGAAACGUGUCUUUGUCUCACCAAUAAAGCCAAUAAAUAUAAAACCAAAAACCAAAACAUGCAACACAAAUUACAAUCCUAAAAUCCCCAUGUGCCUACAGCGUGUUAACAUUUAGUAUAUUAGCAUGCUAACAAUGAAAAAGAAAACACUGUUUAAAGUGUGUUGCUAACAUUAUGUGUCUUAGUACAACAUGCUAGGGUGUAGUAUGCUAGCAUACUAACAACAAAAGUAAUGUUUGUCUUGUUAGUUUUCUAACAUGGUAACAUAAAUAUGUUGACAUUCCUGGCUGAGAGCCAACAUUGUGUGUCAUAGCACAACAUGCUAACAUGUUCUGUAGUGUGUUAGCAUGCUAGCAGUGAAAAAUGCAAUGUUUAGCUUGUUAGUUUGCUAACAUUAGUAUGUUGACAUGUUUAAAAGUAACCUACUGCGUGAGAGUUUGAAGUGUUUUGCUAACAUUGUGUGUCAUUGCACAACAUGCUAGUGUUUAGUAUGUUAGCAUGCUAACAUUGAAAAAAAUGUAUUGUUAGCUUGUUAGUUUGCUAACGUGCAUAAAUAUGUUGACAUUCCUGCCUGAGAGCUUACAUUGUGUGUCUUAGCACAACAUGCUAGCAUAGAGUAUGUUAGCAUGCAAUGUUAGAAAUCAUUUCCAGGACUUUGGUCAUUUGUUUUAGAGGAAGCUAAGUUCAAAGUCAGGACCCACCAAGUUGUUAGGAUUUAUCCUCUCAUCAGUCGGAAACCAUGAAUGUUUGUACAAAAUAUCACAGCAAUUAAUCCCGAAUAUGGGAAACUUUAAAUUAACAUUAACUCUUGACUGUGUCCUACUGUUAUUUUAAAUUCUACACUCAAACCAAAAAUUAAACUUUCUCUGGAGUAUUUUCUGGCAGAGUUAAGCUUUAAUUUAUUUCAAAUGGUCUCUGUUUUUGGGUUAAAUAGUUAUUUACAUUCACAUCUACAUUCUCGCUGAAGAAAAUCUUAAUUCAGUCCCUUCUGACUCGACUCGUGGCUGUGACACCACGCAGUGCAGGCGCUGUAGUCUUCCAGGUGUGUUUCAUCUUCAUGUUCUGUGUUGUUUUAUGUUUGUUUGUUUCUUUACCAGUUAGCAUGUACAUCUGUGUAUUCACCAAAUCAAACACAACCUGUAUGAUACCGACAAACCUUUACUGCUGGUCGCUUUGCUCCUAAUCGUGACUUGUUGCAGUGUUUAGUGCUGUUGUAGAAAUUGUGAUGUAAACUAUAAAUUAUGAAAGAUAUCCGAUCUGACCAAGCUCACGCAACGUUCAGUGUGUUGGUUUCGCAAAGUUGAGUGAAUGCAGGUUGCACUCUUCACUCCAGACAAGUCUUAAAGUGCGUGCUUAGUGUUUUUCGAUGGUAAAUAGUUGUGUGUUAUUUGAGAAAUGUUUGGUAUGUUAUGUUGUAAAAUCUGCACUAUGUCUUGCAAAUCGAAGACAAACAAAUUCCCUGUGAUUUUUGUUUUUAUUUUUCGUUAAUCUCGGAAUGACCUUAGCCUCUGUUUAACGUCUUUAAAACUGGAAUGUUGUACAUUUAGUGCCUUUUACAUUUCAUCAGCUAACUUGAACAUCUGCUCAAAAUAGAAAAAAGAUAAGAUUCAUUUAUUUUCCUUUUAUUGUAUGUAUUUUUUUAUACACAUAAUAUCGCCUCUGUAUCCACUGUUCAAAUUUUAUAUAAAACUUAUUCCUGGCCAAUUAAA